GAUGUACUCUUUGCUCUCCCUGUGAGAUUUCGUUCGUAAGGCUAGUUCUUUUUCUACUUCUGCCGGUAGCUAGCUUUGUGUUCUUCAACUGUUCUUGUAUAUGUGUGGCCGAAAGAAAAAUAAAUAAAAGAACUAGCUAGUUUUCGGAUUUGAUCUUUCUUCAUUGGGCUCAGGGCAUCAUGAGAUCUGUGAUACUUCCGUUUCACUAUUGUCGUGAUUUGCUUUUCAAGACCAGAAAAUUAAUAACUCGUGUGCACGGAAUUUAUUAAUCGGUCAGAGUGUAUGAUACGAGUAGCAGCAGCCCUGUAAAAAGUUCUGCCUUUCGCUUAGCUUUGAAAGAAACAGAAAUCGUUUUUGAUGCUUAGAUUUGAUUACUUGUCCCUUUCUGCUCGGGUAUUUGCAAACUGCUUAACCCUGGAUUAAAAGAAAUCCUGAAUCGAUGAAUCAUAACUCCACUAGUCACCCAUGAAUACAAAAUUUGCUUGUCUGACAUACAUGUAGUUUGGUUGAUGUUUUAAUAGUGUCAUACCUCUUCAGAUGAGUAGCAUGUCGUGUUAUAUCCUGCCAGAAUGUGGAAGCAUCUUCCCAUCUGGCGAUGAACUCGUUGAGAAUCAAAAGACAGAGCAAGGGAAUUACUGGACGCAGUGGAAUUCAAGGAUGUCUGAUGAUUUCAACACAACAAGCAUAUACUCACAUGAGCCUGAGAAUGGAGUCGAACAAUGUUUCGACCACGCCGAUGAACAUGAGAGGAGCAGCCAACAGGAGAGGUCUUCAGCGCGUGCCAGAGUUGCAUCUUCAGAUUGUAGCACAGGGCCUUCGGAAGAUCAAUCUGAGGGGCCAGCACAGUUGGAGCUACAGCACACCAAGGAAACGAACGACAUCUUCUUGAGUCAAUUUUCGGAUGAUGAAAUGAGGAUGAUGGAUGCGCCAUUUCAGGCACUUGAUAUGUUCCCUGGCUCCAUGCACAGGCUGCUGUCCUAUGAGAACAUGCUGAGUGGAGUAUUAACCGAUUCCCAAAAUCAAGAAGCAAAUCCGGGUCAUAAUGAAAUGGACACCAUGGAUACUUGCGGCUUUCCUUUGUUCAGCCAUGACUUGCAAAAUGAUCCUAGCAGCGCUGAUGGGAGCUUACGAACACUACUAAGUGCCUCCCAGGACAAGGCUGAGGUGAGCACCAUGAAGAGGAGCAGGUCAGUGGCUGAGAUUGAGAGCUCCUCGAAUGGGGAAGUAGCAGUGCUUGAGGAGCUCGAAGAUGUCAUGUUUCAGCUGACAAAGAAGACACGUGUAUGCCUCCGUGACGCUUUCUACAGGCUGGCUGAAAGCUCAGAAGCGCAGUGCACUGCUGCAAAUGGAGGAACAGUCACUUGCUCAAACGAGCAAAGUUUUCAGCAAUCAGAGGGCACUGAAUCUAGCACCUCAACAUCAGACCGUGCAGAACGGGAGACGAACGCAAUAGACAGAACUGUGGCGAUCCUCGCGUUCAAGCCUGCUGGCUCAGCUACACGGGAAUGAAUGCUGCGCUGAUGAUCCUGAGUCAUCCAUGCCUGGCUGGAUCAUCAAAGGUGAAGGAGGAGGCUUAGCGUUCGAAAGUACUUCCGUCCGCAUCCUCGUCAUUUUGCUUAAUGUAGAGAUGUAAAUGUACUACAUAGGUUGCUAGGACAUUUUGUUCUGAGCUUGCAAGUAGAGAGAGCCGGCAUGGUACAGGUUGAUCAUGUAUAAUGACUUGAUCUCUUUGUCAUUUUUUGCCGGCAGAAGAAUGAUGAUAUGUGUACUGUUAGUUACAGUAAGACUAUGAACCGCAUUUUGGAUUCCAAAUAUUCAUUCUUGUUUCGGAUUGAAAUGGCAUAAUGAUCCGUAAGCCA